AAUUAAGUGCGGGUAGUUCACUUUCGAAAAUGCAAGGCGCAGGCGUAGUAACUUCAACCACAGAGGCUACAGAAACAGCGACUGCAGGCAAUGUCGCAACUGAAGCCGAUAGCACUGUUGCUUUACAAACCUCAAAACAACGCUACCCAAGAAAUUCACUACUAAAACAUCGACAAAUAAUUGGCAACGACGCCGAGUCGGCAACCGACAGCAGUGAACAAUGUACUGAAAAUGAAACAAAGUCGCCCAGGCAAAUAAAGACCACAAGCAGAAAACGGGAUCUGAUAAAUCUACAGUCGAACUUGAGUCCCAAGUACAUAGGCUCACCAACAACUGUCUACGCCAGCGAUGAAGGCCGUACAACGCGUCGUCGUAAUCACACUCAAGUGGCAAACAGCAACUGCGAACUGAACGAAAAAGAUGGUGAAAGCGAAACUGUAGCCUGUGCUGCUGAUUCCCCUGAAGCAUUUGUUGCUGGUGCACAGCUGAUGCCAAGUAGCAGCUACCUGAGUCCGAUUGAUAAACUGCUCAUCAAGAAUGGUGCCAGCUCACCAAACAGCACAGGCUUCGAAGCGGAUGCAGAAGAUGUGGCGGUGCCACUGCCUCUAAGAAAGCAGACAAAGCGUAAAAUGAAGCGUGGACCUAAAACAAAACUACAAGUAGCCAUAGAGGAAAUUAAAACAGAGCAAAUUAAUGAAACAGAACCCGAGGCCAUUAAGAAUGGGCAAACAAUAGAAAAUGAACAGAUAGAAACUAGUGAAGUUGAAACUGUAGUAAAAUCAACUGAAGUAACUCAAGCUGUCGUUGUCGAUGUCGAUAUGGGCCAUCAACUAACAGAAAUAGUUGAUUCAGAAAUGAAACCCUCACCAGAUAUUACAGACACUGCCAAUAACAGCGAACAGUCUGUUAAGUCCCCAUCAACGAUAAGUUUGGACAGCGCAAAGGGCUCAUCCAUCGUCACGGAUGCUGGCUGGCCUACUUAUCAGGUGGGUGAACUGUACUGGGGCAAAUUAUUCACCUACUGCUACUGGCCCUGCAUGGUGUGUCCGGAUCAAUUUGAUCAGGUAGUGGGUAAUCUUCAAGUGCAUCCGCAGCGCAAGUCCACAGAUAGUGCGUCGGACACCCCACUUGUCGUGCAGGUGCAUGUGCGUUUCUUUGCCGACAACGGGCGCUACAAUUGGAUAAAAUCGGAGAAUUUAAUGCCCUUCAAUGGACUUCCAGCCUAUGAUCAGCUACGCGAAGAAAUCCGCCAACAGCAUGGCCCCAAAAGCAUGAAGUAUAGACAAAUGGUUCCCAAGCAAAACAAGGUCCUGGUCUGGCGCCAGGCCAUCGAUGAAGCUAAUCAAGUGGCGCAAUGCCCCUACGCACAACGGUUGGACAAGUUCUAUGAGAUUUAUGAACAGUCGCAGCUUUUGAAUAAAGAAAAGCGCAAGCGCAGCAAGUCGAUGUACCAGGACAGCUCUGAUGUAGGCAGUAGUCUGUACGAUUCUAUGGACAACUUGCAUGCCAGGCAAUUGUUGGCAAUUAAACGCGAACGCUCCACCUCGCCUUGCAGUCCGGCGUUCUCGCCAGUUAAAAGGAAACAUGAUAUGCGCAGCAAGCGUCGUAAACUGAGCAGCAACUUGGAAGAGCAUGUGGGUAAUAACGUCGCCAGCACUCCAGACGUGAUUAACUAUAAAAAUCCCGAAUUUGGGCAAUUGUUCGAUGCCAUUAAGGACUAUGUUAUGGUAUAUCGCCAGGAAGAGAAGGUAGAGAAAGUGCUGCUGGCAGUGGUGCGCAACAUAUGGUCAUUGAAGCAGUUGCAACUUCGUGAGCUCGAGCGUGACUUGGCCAACAAUAAGACCGAACUUUUGGGCUCGGCACACCAACUGAGCACUGAACGCGGCAACAUUAAACGACUUUCGAAUCGCUUAAAAACGAAAUUACUGCGCCGCAGUGAAACGCCUGUGACUGUGACCCCCAGCCCAACGGAAGAGCACAAUGAACCGCAGCACCCGCUCUCCGAGCAGCCAAAGACUAAGAAGCCAACUGGUCGACCCGUAGAUGAGGUGGUUAGCGAUAUACUGCAACUAGAUCGCAAGUAUUUGUUUCGCGGGCUCAAUCGAGAGCCUGUCUGUAAAUACUGCUAUGAGCCUGGCAGCAAUCUUCAGCGUUGCGGAAGCAACUGUAAUAGCUGGUUCCAUGCUGGUUGCCUGCAACACUCGCCAAAGAUGCACCAGGAGGAACCAGCACACAUAACGGGCGAUCUGGACGUGGUGGUCAAGCAGCCAUCAUUGAUAUGCCACGAAUGCACAAUCGGCACCUCGGACAGCUGUUGCAUUUGUCAUCAAAUGCAGUUGCCUGUCAGCACGCCACCCAAUUCCCCAGAGAAGAGCAAUGCUGUCGAGGCACAGUCCACUAGCCAGCUCAUUGUCUGCAGCCAGCCCUUGUGCAGCAUUAGGUUUCAUGCCGCUUGUUGCAAGUACUGGCCACAGGCGAGCAUUAGCAGUAGCUCCUCAGCACGCUGCCCCAUGCAUGUUUGCCACACUUGCGUCUCAGAUGAUCCAAGUGGUAAAUUCCAGCAUCUGGGCAACUCGAAGCUAAUCAAGUGCGUGAAAUGCCCAGCCACUUACCAUCAGGACUCGCGUUGCAUACCCGCCGGCUCGCGCAUGCUUACUGCCACCUAUUUGAUCUGUCCGCGUCACAAUAUUGCCAAGGCAGACGCGCAUCUGAAUGUGCUCUGGUGCUACAUUUGCGUGCGCGGCGGCGAGCUGGUCUGUUGCGAAACAUGCCCCAUUGCCGUCCAUGCGCAUUGCCGCAAUAUACCCAUCAAGACCAAUGAGAGCUACAUUUGUGAGGAGUGCGAGAGCGGACGCUUGCCGCUCUACGGUGAAAUUGUUUGGGCUAAGUUUAACAAUUUUCGCUGGUGGCCUGCUAUCAUACUACCGCCCACCGAAAUACCCAGCAACAUUUUGAAGAAGCCACAUGGCUUAAACGAUUUUGUAGUACGCUUCUUUGGCACCAAUGACCAUGGCUGGAUUUCACGCAGACGUGUCUAUUUGUACAUCGAGGGCGACACCGGCGAUGGCUACAAGAGCAAGUCGCUCAUGUCCAAGCACUAUAAGGAUGGUGUGGAGGAAGCCACACGUUUUCUACAGCUCAUCAAGGCCAAGCGUCAGGAGCAGGCUAUUGGACGUGCCAGCGGCAGCAAGCUACAGCCACCACCUUAUGUCAAAAUCAAGGCCAACAAACCGGUGCCACCGGUACGCUUUGUCCACAACGAGGAGGAUGUGAAUGUGUGCGAGUGCAAGCCGAAUAGCGAGCAUCCCUGCGGCCCCGAAUCUGGCUGUCUCAAUCGCAUGCUCUACCAUGAAUGCCAUCCGGAUCAUUGUCGAGCCGGCAGCAAGUGCGAAAAUAAGCUGUUUGAGCUGCGUAAAUCCCCACGACUGGAUGUUGUAUACAUGAACGAACGUGGUUUCGGUUUGGUCUGCCGCGAGCCCAUUGCCGAGGGCACCUUUGUCAUAGAGUAUGUAGGCGAGGUGAUUAACCAUGCCGAGUUUCAGCGACGCAUGGCACAAAAGACACGGAAUCGCGAUGAAAACUUUUAUUUUCUUGGCGUGGAAAAGGAUUUCAUUAUAGACGCCGGGCCCAAGGGCAAUCUGGCGCGCUUCAUGAAUCAUUCGUGUGCUCCCAAUUGUGCCACUCAAAAAUGGACGGUCAACUGCAUAAAUCGCGUGGGACUGUUCGCUAUUAAGGAUAUACCAGAGGAUACGGAGUUAACUUUCAAUUAUUUAUGGGAUGAUUUAAUGAACAAUGGUAAGAAGGCUUGCUUCUGUGGCUCCAAGGGCUGUUCCGGUGCGAUUGGUGGCAAACUGAAGGAAGAGCAGGAGGCCAACUCGACAUCUGUGAAAAGCAAGGCGAACUCGAAGUUGAAGCAAAUGCAGCGUGGCAAAGGGUUGCGCAUACAUGUGGCGCCUGCUAAGAAAAACAAUAGCAAAAAAUUAAAAAAUAAGCAAAGUAGUUCAGAUAAUGCGAUUACAAAGGUGGCGCCCCAGACCGAAACUGACGUAAAGCCAGCAUAGUUACAUUUUUUUUAAACUCUUUACAAAGCAUAUU